CAGCAUUGCAAUCGCAUCGCAUUCAACAAAUGUUGAUGCUCUGUCCAUAGCUGCACAUUGAUUCACCAGAUUUACAGACCGGGUAGUAAGCUCUCCUUCUUAACUAAGUUUAGAGGUGCCUGCAGUAAAGUUGCACAAUUUCCAGAGGCUCCUUUGCCUGAUACUGCGCUUAUUGUCCCCCCCUGUCCGCUUCGUCAUAAACAAACCCCACCACUGAACUUACACUGUAUCCUCUCUCAAGUGGUCUCCGGCCAAGUUUCCAGCUUCCACCUCACCUCAGACUAGACUAGUUGUCAGCUGUCUCUCUGAAGCACACGAGCUCGUGCAUGCCAUUCCACGAACCUGACCCAUUCGGAUGUCACAUAAGCUGGAACCACAGAAAGACACGGCCACCUGCCCACCAUGAGCCGCGCAAGCACCCAAGGACAUUCAUUGUACGACUCUGGCGUCCUCAUCCCAGGGCUGGACUCAGACUCGCCCCCCAACUCCAACCGCGCCGCGACGCCGCCGAGAGCUGGAGAUGCACAUGGGCACCAGCACAGCGAUAACGAGGAGUUCGGCAUCAGCUCCAUGAUCUCCGGCUGGUUCGGGAGGACAUUCGGUCCAACACGCUCCAACUCGAAUCUGGACGCGGCCAGCAUACACACCAGUCGGACCUUUCCCGCCGAGCAUCCCUCCUCCUCUGGAGAUGGCAUCAGCCAGCCGUUUACCCCCGCCAGGCCCUCGCGAUCCGCCAGCCCGUUUGUCAUGCCAGACUACGAGCCACUCGUCCUCACGGGCUACCAACAGGACACGGACCGAGGCGCACAGUUACUCAGCACAAGCAUCGGCGAGGCAAUACGCGUCAACUUCCCCGAGAGGCUGAGGAUAUGCGAGGAGUGGAGACUCGUCUACAGUCUAUACCAGAACGGCAGUUCGCUAUCCACACUAUACAAGCUAUGCGAUGAUUACAGAGGGAGAAGGGUGGGCUUCGUGCUGGUAGUCAGGGACGGGGCUGGAGGGACCUUCGGUGCCUAUCUCACAGAAGCACCACACAUUGCAGCUGGCUACUAUGGCUCCGGAGAGUGCUUCCUCUGGAAAGCCUCGAUACAUGCCAGCCUACCCCCACCCCCAUCAGAUCCCACUGCCGACUUGCUCACCGGAGCAUCCACCACGAUAAAUUCGCCCAUUACAAGCACGUUCCCUUCCAGCCACUUGGCUCCCCUGCCGGUCAACCCGGCAACCAAUAAGUUGGAGGCUGCUCAGGUCGACGAUCACUCCAUAAGGUUUCAGUACUUCCCAUAUGUGCCUCCUGAUGCGCGGGGUGGCAGAAAAGAGGAGGCUCCCGUGGACCCUUGGGAGGUGUCCAGGGAUCGUGACCAGUUCUACUUUAUAAGUUCCGAGCGAUCGUUCUUGGCUCUCGGCGGUGGAGAAGGCCAUAAUGCUCGCUAUGGGCUCUGGCUUGAUGAUGGCUUCAACCGUGGUCACAGUGCAAAGUGCGGAACAUUUGAAAACGACCCACUCAGCGAUGAGGGAGAAAGGUUUGACAUCGUGGGUGUUGAGAUGUGGGUUGUUGGCGCGACCUGAAAAGUAGUUUCCGAAGGUGGUUAUGAUGAUGAUACGAAUGGACGAUGUAUGAUACCCGAUCAGAAAGAAAAUGGUCAAAAAUCACAAAUCAGUCAAGGUCAACCAUUCUCCUCGAGCAGGCUGCACUGCGCGACGAAGGUGAUUCCACGCAUUAGACCACGAUAACUAUGUCAAGUGGUGUGUUGCUAUCUAAAUCUAGUCUAGACGAAUCUUUUCGCACAAGUGGAUAUAAAAGAAGAAAUUAACAAGGUGCGGACCUGGGAUUUGGCAGAUCUCCCGCCCUUGAUCGUUGACUUUGCUGCAGCCUGCUUACACCUUGCUGAAG